AUGUUGGCAUACGUAAUACUUGGCCUUCUCGCGACUGUGAGCGCAGCGCCUCACAAGGAAAUAAACAUAGACGAUGAUGAUCAGACUCUUGAAAACUUCAUAACAAACAAAUUUAACAAACUAGAAGCAGAGAGCCGCGCAUAUUGGCAGGAAUAUGAAAGGGAAAUGAAAACUUUUGAGGAGAAAAUGAAGGCACUGUCUCGGCAUUUCCCGAAUCCGAUCUUGGAAGAAGGAUUUGAUGGUGAUAAAUAUGUUAUAAAAGUAUCUCUACAUGGAUUUGACGAGGAUGAUAUUUCAGUACAAACGAAGAAGACAGCUGUAGUGAUUGAAGCUCACCACUCAAAUGGUAACUCGAAAAACAACUUCUUCAACGUAAGAACUCUGCCAAGCGAGGUAAAGUCUGGUUCUUGGACGUAUGAAAAUGACAUUUUAACUGUGGAGUGUGACCUAGAAUAG